UACAUGUCCACAUCUGAAUGUAGCCUAUGUCUGCACAUAUGAAAGCCACAGUAGGAGGUGGUGGAGGAGGAAAAUUGCGGAGUUUAGCCACUUCCGCACCAUGUGAGCUAAUGGGACUGAAGCUUAUUUGCUCCCAGUUGGACCCACAUCCUCCGGGAUACAGCAGCAGCCCGGCUUGGCCGAGCUUUACAUCCGCCAGAGGAAGCGAGAUCAAACGACAGACAGAGACCAGAGUCCAGGGAAGAGGCAUCAGCAGCUGGGUGCACACAACGGAGUCUGUUAGUGACACAGACAAUCCGAGAGCUCAGACCAGCCGCGAACAUGACUGCAGACGUGGCGGUGUCUCUGUCGAUGCUAGUGGGGAUCGUCGCGAUGAGCGAUGCGACCCGCAGGUUGUUGAGCAGGGCCCUUGCGAAUACCGGGCUUGCUGUGUACGCCAUGGAGCUCGUGUCCACCUUCCAGCUGUGCUGCUGCACGCACGAGCUAAAGCUGCUGUCUGAGGUGGGCGGGAUCGAGCCUCAGCUCGCGCUCACCUUGACGUACCUGGCGGCCGUUGUUCACGGGUUCACCUUCAACGGGGCCACUGGGAACCCCUCCGGUGCGCUCGAGCACGCCUACCAUGCGAAGUUUUCAGGCGGAUGCGCCCUGCUGCGGAUUGCCUGCCAGUUCGCCGCGGCUGCCGCAGCGCGAUUUGCAGUGCCGGUGAUUUGGGGUAUUGGGUUGUCGGGACUGCAUGUGCGGCAUAAGCUGCUCGGUUACCGGUGCAUCAGCCCCAUUCACGUUCCACUGCUCAAGGCCGCUGCCGUGGAGCUCGCGUGCUCUUUUGCAGUUCAGACUGCUAUAACGCACACGCGAUCGGUGGAGGCGAAAUACCGCGUGCACGCGGUGGCUGCGGUUAUUGCAACAGUAGUGUAUGCAGGUGGCAGUUUGACAGGAGCAGUGUUUAACCCUGCGUUGGCCUUCUCCACACAGUUCCCCUGCAGUGGAAACUCCUUCCUGGAGUACUGCCUGGUCUACUGGCUCGGCCCGCUGUUGGGUAUGAUGAGCUCAGUGCUGUUGUUUGAUAAACUCGUCCCUCUGCUGUCAAGGAAAUCACCGUCUCUCCAUCUCCCCCUGGAGACUAAGAAGAGGACAUGAGCAUUGCCAGACAGCGUUUAUAACCCAGAGUACAUGUGAAGAUGUUGUUACUGACAGACUGUUAACCUGCAGCUGAUUUCAGUCAUCACACAUUAGGAAAAAGUACAGCACUUAUAUGCACUUUUCUAAAGACUUCAAGACCUCAAGAGCACAUCUUAGAAGCUAAACAGAAAACUUAACUCAUUUAGUGUUUUUGUAGGCUAAAUCUCAUAAACAAGGCAUGCAGAAAUUGAUCAGCCAAGUUUUACUUUACAAGGUGGUUGAUCAAACACUAAAACCAAUUGCUAUGCAGUAUACACUCGUCUGAUUUAAACAUUUUAGACAUUUCAACAUUUUUGGGGGGAUCUCUAACCAGAACCAGUAUCACCCCCACAACUGUUCACACAACACAUGGGAAACAUCAAUUUCUGUUACUAAAAUAUCAGUCAGUUUCAGUAGCUAACAAAAGAGUAUGCCUUGUUCUUGCAUGAUCGUAAGGCAGAUUACAGCAUGUCAGUGUCAAGUCCUGCAAACAAGUCUUGUAAUUGCAAUAGUAUACAUUGAUCCAAGGUUUUUUGUUAAAUAUUAUACUUAAGCUAAUUAACUAAUUAUAAACUGAAACAUUUAUAGGCCUGAUGGAAAUUUGAGAAUUGGAUGAUCUUAGCAUAAUGAGCCUUGCCUUUAUUUGUAUAACACUCAUCUGAGAAAAGUUAGUGUUAUUGUACAUACAUAUGUAAUUCAUGUUUAUAUUUAAUGACAUUCCAGAGCCAAGCACAGUGUAGUAAUGAACUGUACACAGGUCUGUGCCUUUGAAUUCUCUGUAAAAACUGGAAAGGCAUUUUGAACUGUGGAUUCAGUAUUUUGUUGGACCCCAUUUUGAUAUAAGAUUCAUUAUCUGAUUGAUGGUUUAUUUUAAUUUCUAAAUGGUGCUCAGUAGAGCUUAAACACUUUCUUGAUUAGAUAAUUGACAGAGAAAUGAGAUUCAACAUCUGAAUCUUUCUCUUCCUGCAACGAGCCAAACAGUGUCAGAGAAACACUGAUUUGUGACGUGAAGAUGCUUUAUUCAGUGUAUUUACUGGUUUUAAUCACCUGGACCGUUUGUUUUGGGGAGGAAGAGACCUCUGAGGAUAAUUCGGAUCAUGGUAAAAAAACUCCUGAACAGUGAUCACAGAAGGAAUCCUAACUGGGAUAUCGUGUUUGGCACAUGGGAGAAGUUUCUGCUGAGUGCAAUCUGCAAUCCUUAACCGCUAGAUGCCAAUAAAUCCUACACACUGCUUCUUUAACAGAUCACAAGGAAAAAAAAACUCAUACAAAAACUAUGCAUUUAUUGACAACUUCAUACAAAGAUAUUUCUUCUCCUUGGCAGGAAAAUCAGAUAUUAAAUUGGUCAUUAGGUACAAACAGAAACUCAGUGUUUUUUUUUUUUUCUUUUUUU